CGCCGACCUACGGGCGGGGCGGGGCUAGCGUCGUCACGUCAGGGUGACGUCUCCCGCGGGCGUCGGGGCAGUGUCGGCGGCGGCGUCGGCUUCGGCAGCGUUGUCGGCGGCUGCGGGUGGGAAAUGGCGGAGUAUUUGGCCUCCAUCUUCGGCACCGAGAAGGACAAAGUCAACUGUUCAUUUUAUUUCAAAAUUGGAGCAUGUCGUCAUGGAGACAGAUGCUCUCGGUUGCACAAUAAACCAACCUUUAGCCAGACCAUUGCCCUCUUGAACAUUUACCGUAACCCUCAAAACUCUUCCCAGUCUGCUGACGGUUUGCGCUGUGCUGUGAGCGAUGUCGAGAUGCAGGAACACUAUGAUGAGUUUUUUGAGGAGGUUUUCACAGAAAUGGAGGAGAAGUACGGCGAGGUGGAGGAGAUGAAUGUCUGUGAUAAUCUUGGAGAUCACCUCGUCGGAAACGUGUAUGUGAAGUUUCGCCGUGAAGAAGAUGCGGAGAAGGCUGUGAUUGAUUUGAACAACCGCUGGUUCAAUGGGCAGCCCAUCCACGCCGAGCUUUCCCCUGUGACCGACUUCCGGGAAGCCUGUUGCCGCCAAUAUGAAAUGGGAGAGUGUACACGAGGCGGCUUCUGCAACUUCAUGCAUCUGAAGCCAAUUUCCAGAGAGCUGCGGCGGGAGCUGUAUGGGCGCCGGCGCAAGAAGCAUCGAUCGAGGUCCCGGUCCCGGGAGCGGCGCUCUCGGUCCAGAGACCGUGGUCGUGGCGGCGGCGGCGGUGGUGGCGGAGGCGGUGGGGGACGGGAGCGUGACAGGAGGCGGUCAAGAGAUCGUGAGAGAUCUGGGCGAUUCUGAGCCAGGCCAUUUUUACCGUAUGUCUGCUAGAAAGUGUUGUAGUUGAUUGACCAAACCAGUUCAUAAUGGGAAUUUUUUUUAAAAAACAAUUUAAAAAAACAAAGAUGGGUUUCUGAAUAAAAUUUGUAGUGAUACAGUA